AUGACUUGUGUUAAAACUCCCAAGUUUUCCUUGCUUCUCAAUGGAUCGAUGCAUGGUUUUUUUGCAUCAAAACGAGGUCUUAGGCAAGGGGAUCCCAUAUCUCCCUUGCUGUUUGUUCUUGGAAUGGAGUAUCUAUCAAGAAUAUUGAGUAAAGUGGGUACUUUUUCUGGUUUCAAAUACCAUGAUAAAUGCUCCAAUCUGAAGUUAAACCACCUAUGUUUUGCGGACGACCUUCUUAUUUUCUGUCAUGGAGACUAUGUUUCAAUCCUUCUCAUGCUCAGAGGUCUGAAGCUAUUUUCCUCUUCUUCGGGCCUGGUUCCCAACUCUGAUAAGUCUGCCAUAUACUGUCACGGUAUGCCUGAAGCUGUAGUUGAUCGGAUCCUGGAGGUCUCUGGAUUUUCUCGCAGCCACCUCCCAUUCAGGUUCCUCGGCAUCCCUAUUUGCUCAAAAAAAAUUCCUUCUGCUGAAUGUAAAUGUAUAUUGGAAAGGAUGAUAAGCAGGAUUAGAUCUUGGAGUACUCGGAACCUCUCUUAUAUGGGGAGAGUCACAUUGAUCAAUUCAGUCCUAAUCUCAAUUCAUUCAUAUUGGGCUCAAAUUAUGAUUUUGCCUAAGAAAUUGUUAAAAGAGGUUGAAGCUAUAUGUAGAGCCUUUCUUUGGAAAGGUGGCUUGGGAUUUCGGAAAUUACAUGAUUGGAACAUGGCUGCCAUGGGAAAAUAUGUUUGGGCAAUUGCCAAGAAGAAAGAUAGCCUGUUUGUCAAGUGGAUAAAUAGUGUCUAUUUGAUGAAUCACAAUUGGUGGGAUUAUAAAUGUCCCAUGGACUGCAGCUGGUACUGGAAGUGUUUAGUGGCUGUGAAGGAUAGUUUCAGAUUGAAAAUUUCUCAGGAUUCUUUUUUGUCCCAGGAAUAUACUAUCAAAUGGGGAUUAGACUUGCUGUUUCCUCAAGAAUCUAGAGUAUCAUGGAGGAAGUUUGUUUGGGAUAGACUCAUUACUCCCAAACAUCGCUUUAUUAUGUGGUUAGUUAUGUGGGGAAGAUUACACACAAAGGACCGAAUUGUUAAAUUCAAGCCUAAUAUUGAUCAGAAUUGCUUAAUGUGUGGACAGGAAAAGGAAAGCAUUGACCACCUCUUUUUCAAGUGUAUAUACAGUCAGAGGUGUUUAGAGGCUAUCAAAAAUUGGCUUAAUUGGAAUGCACAGUCAACUAAUCUCACUUGUCUUCUGCAUUGGGUUUCUCAUGCCAAGCUUAAAUCCAGGAUAUACAAGAGCAUGUUGUUCUCUUUUCUUGCUGCAACAGUGUAUCAUAUAUUGAGAGUGAGGAAUGAUGGACUUUGGAAUCACAAGCUUUGGCAAAUUCAACACACAGUUAGUAGAAUUCAGCAUGAUUGUAAAUUUCGGGUAUUUAGUGUGUUGCCAUGUAAAUCAUCUAGGAAAGAUAGAGAAUUUAUUAACAGUUUUUCUCUGAAUUGA